UCGAGUUUUCAUUCGGCAGCCAUUAUGCUUUCCUUUAUAUAUAAGGACACCCAUACCGCGUCUGUUUGGCUGUUUGUGUCCCCUAGGGGCUUCCAUAGCUUCCGUAAUCUCAGAUGUAAGUUGCUAGUGUGUAGAAGGCACGAAGCAUGAAUGAGUGAUUUUUAGGUUUUAAUUAUGUGGGCAUUGUUUUCACGAGAUCCUGCCAAAGAUUUUCCGUAUGAAAUUGGUGAGGUUGUUGAUGGUCUCGAUGGUAAAAGCAUUUGGACACUUUAUAGAGCCAAAAAAAAGGGCACUGGUGGAGGCGAGGAUGUGUCAGUGUUUGUUUAUGACAUCAAGGCUGGCGGAGAAAGUCAAUUGGAGAUCGCCAGAAAUGCAGUAAAAAGAUUGAAGACGCUCAGACAUCCAAGUAUCCUUACUUAUGUCGACAGUCUAGAGACAGAUAAAGUUAUUUAUUUGGCGACAGAACGUGUGGAGCCUCUUCAUACAAGAUUGUUGAAAAAAAUUGAUAUUGGAGAAGGUAUUAAAAAGGAAUUGUACUUUUCUUGGGGAGUCUUUCAAAUUACUAGGGCACUUAGUUUUCUAAAUAACGAUGGCAAUCUUCGUCAUAACAAUGUAAAUUUAUACUCUGUAUUCGUGAAUGACGAGAGUGGAGAAUGGAAAUUAGGAUGUGUUGAAUACAUGACGUCAGUGGAUGCACCUUAUACAUUUUUACCUCACUCUUUACAACACUAUAGUCCUCCUGAUGCUCGAGACAAUGCAAAACCCUCCACGAAAUGCUCAAUUGACAUGUGGGGACUCGGAUGCCUCAUCUGGGAAGCGUUCAGUGGACCAUUACUAGGACAAAGGGAAAAUUUAAAAAAUAUUGAUCAGAUUCCAAAACAAUUGAUAACAGUCUAUUGUGAAUUAACGGGCUCAAACGCUGAGGGUCGUCCGAAUCCGGCGGACGUAAUAGCCAGAUGUCGGAGUAAUGGAGGAUUCUUCAAGAACGACCUGGUCGAUGCCCUUCUCUUUCUCGAGGAAAUUCAAAUGAAGGAAAAAGGUGAAAAGGGUCGUUUUUUCUCGCAGUUAGCUGGACAAUUGGACAGCUUUCCAGAGGGGGUUGGGAGGUACAAAAUACUACCACAGUUGCUCGCUGCCUUUGAGUUUGGGGAAGCAGGGAGUGCAGUUUUACCUCCAUUAUUGCAACUAGGUAGUCAAUUACCUGACGUUGAAUACCAACGUCGAGUUGUCCCAUGUGUUAUCAAAUUAUUUGCGUCCAAUGAUCGUGCGACGAGACUGAGACUUCUGCAACAGCUUGAUCGAUUUGUAAAUCAUCUGCAGCCUUCUACAGUAAAUGAUGCUAUUUUCCCCCAGGUAGCACGUGGUUUUUUGGAUACAAAUCCAGCUGUUCGAGAACAAACCAUCAAGUCCGUGGUUCACUUAGCACCAAAAUUGGAUUAUAAUAAUCUCAAUGUCGAAGUCCUUAGAUACUUUGCGAAAUUACAGUCCAGUGAUGAGCAAGGGGGGAUCAGGACUAAUACUACCGUUUGUCUGGGAAAAAUUGCUCAACACCUCCACCCGCAGAUUCGUCAAAAGGUACUGAUCGGGGCGUUCAUUCGUGGUACGAGAGAUCCUUUCCCCCCUGCUAGAAGUGCCAGUCUAUCAGCACUCGCAAUUACUCAGCAGUACUAUCUUCUUCAAGAAGUUGCAAAUCGUAUUCUUCCUGCGUUGUGUCCAUUAACGACUGACGCUGAUAAGAGCGUUAGAGAUCAUGCGUUCCGUACUAUACGGGGGUUCUUGUCAAAGCUCGAAAGGGUUUCUGAGGACCCUGGCCUUCGAGAAUCGAUGGAGGCUGAUGUCAACACUGCGACCCCGAGUCUCAGCAACGCAGCAGCAACGUGGGCAGGUUGGGCUGUAACCACGAUGACAGCUAAGUUUUACAGAAGUCAAUCGGAUACACCAAAGUCUUCCAAUCAUCACGGUGCACCACGAAUUUUACUUAACAAACCUGCAUCACUUGAACAAGCAAGCAGUUCUCAGAGUAGUGCUAGCACGACAGCAACGACGAGCAGCGCAACUAGCAUGACGUCAUUGGAACCUGAUCAUGAUCAUGACUCUCAGCAUACGAGGCACACAAAUUCUGAUGGAGAUUGGGACUGGGACGCUGAUAAUUGGGGAGAUAUGGAGCAGCAGUCCUCUACUACAACGACCACAAGUUCGAGUAAUCUAUCUACAUGCGCUACUGCCUCGAAAUCGCACGAUCAUUGGACGAGUUUAGAAGAAGAGCCGGAAGAAGAGGCUGGAGAGGGAGCUCAGGACUGUACAGAAGCUUCUGAACCUGGUUGGGAUGAUCAAGAGUUUCAGGAACUCGAUGAAUUUCAAACUAUUGAGCCAACAGGAGGAUCUGGAACUAGCAACAAAUUCGAAGAAGCAAGAAGGAAACGUGAGGAGAGGAAAUUAGCAAGACAACGGCAAAUGGAAGCAAAAAGAGCGGCAAAACUGCGGACUACGACUGCUGCUAAGAAAGUUUAAUCUAUUUUUGCGAUACCUGCCUCCAAAGUUCACUUUUCGAAACGGUUUAGUGUGCGUAAAGUUCGUAGGUCGUGCAUAAAGUGGAUUCCCUUGAACGUUACGCACUCCGUGCACAAAAAUAACCAAUUUACGCCCACUACCGUUCCGAACAGUGAACUCGGCAGGUAUCAUAAAAAAUAGGAUGUGUUACGCGUGCGUGGGAAAAAGUUGUUCUUCAUGCACUUGUAACACAACAUACUAUUUUUAAAUGAUCGAUGAAUCCAUUCAAGUUAUAGUAGAUUACAUCAAUAGGCUCACAAAGUAUUUUUCAGCAAAUUUGAUUAUAAUUUUCACCUUUGGCUGGAAUUAUAAACUCAAGUUUGUCAGAGAAUCUUUUGGAGAUCAUGUGAUACAGACGAUUUUAAGAUUCUGGGCCCAAAAGCUGCCAUCCAGCCGAGCGAAGCGAGGUUAAAAUUGCAGUUUAUGGGACCAGAAGACUUAAUAAUUAAUUUAGCGUCAUCUACAUUCUCAAGAAUAAGUAUAUUAUACAACUUAAAUAAGUGGAUGAUUAUUAUUAUUAUUGAAUAAACAUUUCCAUGUGUAAGCAUUAUUAGAAGAUUCUUAGAAAAUUCCUAAGAUUCUCAGGAAUGAAUAAAGGUGCACUAGCGAGAUUCCAA